ACAGAACAAGGCACGCGCUGGGGAAGCGAAAGCGAAAGGCGCGGGGAGCCGGGACGCCCCGGCCCGGAGAGCAUCGCCCGCAGAUCGAGGGGAGACAACGUUGAGACAGUGCGAGGGGGUUCCGAGCUCAGCCCUCCGAGCUCAGCCCUCCGCACUUAAAGGAAAGAUCCCUGGAGCUGCAUCGCAGAAGCCGCCGCUGACCUCGCCAUGCGGCUCCCUGACCUGAGACCCUGGGCCGCCCUGCUGCUGGCGGACUCGGCCUUACUCUGGCUGCUCCAGGGACCUCUGGAGGCUCUGCUUCCUCGAGGGCUUCCAGGCCUGUGGCUGGAGGGCAUCUUGCGACUUGGAGGGCUUUGGUGGCUGCUGAGGCUGGGAGGGCUGCUGGGAUAUGUGCGGACACUGCUGUGCCCCCUCUGCCUGGUGAUCCCCUUCUUUCUCUCCUUGAGGGCCCUGGUCCCAGGAGCCUUGAGUGCUCCCCCAGCCAGAGUGGCUUCAGCCCCUUGGAGCUGGCUGCUGCUGGGGUCCGGGGCUGCGGGGCUCAGCUGGGCAGUGUGGGCAGUGCUGAGCCCUCCAGGAGCCCAGGAGAAGAAGGAGGACCAGGAGAACAACAGAGCUUUGAUGUGGAGGUUGCUGAAGCUCUCCUGGCCGGACUGGCCUUUCCUGGCUGCUGCCUUCUUCUUUCUUGUCCUUGCCGUGUUGGGUGAGUCAGGAGAGGGCGCAGUGAAUUGGAGGUGGGAAAAGGCCCUUGGCAGCAGCCUAUUCACUGUGGUCCUCAUGUCUCUUGCAGGUGAGACACUAAUCCCUUACUAUUCUGGCCUCGUGAUUGACAUCCUGGGGGGUGAUUUUGACCCUGAUGCCUUUGUCAGCGCCAUCUUGUUCAUGAGUCUUUUCUCCGUUGGGAGCUCACUGUCCGCUGGCUGCCGGGGAAGCGCCUUCACCCUCGUCAUGUCCAGGAUCAACCUGCGUGUCCGGGAGCAGCUUUUCUCCUCCCUCCUGCACCAGGACCUGGCUUUCUUCCAGGAGACUAAGACAGGGGAGCUGAAUUCACGGCUGAGCUCGGACACCAAACUGAUGAGUCUCUGGCUUCCUCUGAAUGCCAACGUGCUCUUGCGCAGCCUGGUCAAGGUGCUGGGACUCUUCGGCUUCAUGCUCAGCUUGUCGCCUCGACUCACCCUCCUCUCUCUGCUCCAGAUGCCUCUCACGAUAGCGGCUGAGAAGGUGUACAAUGCCCGCCAUCUGGCAGUGCUUCGAGAGAUCCAGGAUGCAGUGGCGAGAGCAGGGCAGGUGGUGCGGGAGGCUGUGGGAGACCUGCAGACUGUGCGCAGUUUUGGGGCCGAGGAGGAAGAAGUCUGUCGCUAUAAGGAGGCCCUGGAACGAUGCCGGCAGCUGUGGUGGCGAAGAGACCUGGAACAGGCCCUCUACCUGCUCUUAAGGAGGAUGCUGAACUUGGCAAUGAAGGUGCUGUUGCUGAGCUGUGGGCUGCAGCAGAUCCUGGCUGGGGACCUCACCCAGGGUGGGCUGCUCUCCUUUCUGCUCUACCAGGAAAACAUGGGCUCCUAUGUGCACACCCUGGUAUACGUGUUUGGGGAUAUGCUGAGCAACGUGGGGGCUGCAGAGAAGGUUUUCUACUACCUGGACAGACAGCCAGAUCUGCCUCCACCUGGGACAUUGGCCCCUUCCACUCUGAAGGGGGUGGUGAAAUUCCAAGGCGUCUCCUUUGCAUAUCCUAACUGCCCUGACCAGCCUGUGCUCAAGGGUCUCACAUUCACCCUACAUCCUGGUCAGAUGACCGCUCUGGUGGGGCCCAAUGGGUCUGGGAAGAGCACCGUGGCUGCCCUGCUGCAGAACCUGUACCAGCCCACCGAGGGGCAGGUGCUGCUGGACGAGGAGCCCGUCUCCGCCUAUGAGCAUCACUACCUGCACCAACAGGUGGUUUUGGUCGGGCAGGAGCCUGUGCUGUUCUCGGGGUCUGUGAGGGACAACAUUGCUUAUGGGCUGAAGAGCUGCAGCGAUGAGAAGGUGAUGGCCGCUGCCCGGGCUGCCAGGGCAGAGGAGUUCAUAAACGAAAUGGAGCACGGACUCUACACAGAUGUGGGGGAGAAAGGGAACCAGCUGGCUGUGGGACAGAAGCAGCGUCUGGCCAUUGCCCGGGCCCUCGUGCGGGACCCACGAGUCCUCAUCCUGGACGAGGCCACCAGUGCCCUGGACGCGGAGAGCGAGCAGGCGCUGCAGGACUGGAAAUCCCACGGGAACCGGACGGUGCUGGUGAUCGCGCACAGGCUGCAUACGGUUCAGAACGCGGACCAGAUCCUGGUGCUCAAGCAGGGAGAGCUGCAGGAGCAUGCGCAGCUCAUGGAGGGGGAGGACCUCUACUCGUACCUGGUGCGGCAGAACCAGAGGCCGGAGGGGGGCACCCCAGAGACACUGCCCCCUUCCCAGGGCCAUCUCAGUGACCCAGAGGAGCUCCUGCUUUGACUUUCCCCGGGAGCUGCUUUUGGAGCUGGAGGCACGAUGGAGGUUUAGACGGAGGAUACUUUUGUUAGCGCACGGGGAGUGGGGGUGGGGAGGUUGCUGUCUCUAUCCAAGAAACUCAUUUACUUGAUGAACAGAACUUUGGUGCUGAGAAGUGUAUUGUGGCGUAACAAAUAUAGUUUAAAAUAUUUUUUGCUUAUUAUAUAAAUAGCACACAUUCAUAUGGAAAAUUUAGACAGUAUAGACAAGUUGGAAGAAGAAAAGUAAAACUAGCCGCUAUUUCACAUCCCAGAGGUAAAGAUGGUUACCAUUUUGCUGGCUGUCUUCCUGUCUUCAUUGUUCUUUGAGAUACAUAUUAACUAGUAUGACUUAAAUAUUCAUGAGAUUGCCUUUCUGUAUCCUUUCCCAUUCCCAUCAGGGUCUGAGGUUUGGGGGGGAGUUAGGGUAUGGAGGGCUGGAGCGCAGUUCCCUAAUUAACAGUAUUAGUAGAACAUAGAUAAUAGCUGGUUUAUAGAGUUUUAAUAUGAGUAGGAACUAUGCUAAGCAGUUUGUCAUAUAUUAUCAUUUUUAAUCCUUAUUCUCAUCAUAUAUUUGAGGUUAGUUGUCAUCCCCAUUUUAUGGAUGAGAAAACUGAAUCUCUAAGAGAUUAAAUCACUUUCCAAAGGUUAUACAGUGGUGGAAUUUGAAUUUGAAUCCAAGCCUGACCCCAGAGUCUUCACUCUCAACCAAUAAAUUACAACCCAUCUUGUGUCAUAA